AUGGGCAGCGAGGGGCAGCGGGGCCCGGCGGCGGCCCGGGGCCCUGGGCAGGGCGACCCGCGGGCCCUGCGGAGGGACUGCCAGCACCGGAUCUUCGUCAACCGGAGCCUGGCGCUGGAGAAGAUCAAGUGCUUUGGCUUUGACAUGGACUACACCUUGGCCAUGUAUAAGUCCCCUGACUACGAGGAGCUGGCCUUUGCCCUGUUGCUGGAGCACCUUGUUGCCAUUGGGUACCCUCCUGAGAUCCUUGCCUACAAAUAUGACCCCACCUUCCCCACCCGGGGGCUGGUGUUUGAUGCCCUGUACGGGAACCUGCUGAAGGUGGAUUCCCAUGGGAACCUGCUGGUCUGUGCCCAUGGCUUUCGCUUCCUCAAGGGAGCCGAAAUCCUCCACUAUUAUCCCAACAAGUUCAUCCAGCGGGAUGACAUGAAGCGCUUCCACAUCCUCAACACCCUCUUCAACCUCACAGAGGCCCACCUCUAUGCCUGUCUUGUGGACUUUUUCACCAACUGCUCCAGAUAUGUCAACUGUGACACUGGUUACAAGCAUGGGAACCUCUUCAUGUCCUUCCGCAGCAUGUUCCAGGAUGUGCGCGAGGCCAUGGACCAUGUCCACCUCUCUGGCUGUCUCAAGGAAAAGACACUAGAGAACCUGGAGAAAUAUGUGGUGAAGGAUCCCCGUGUGCCACUGCUGCUGAGCCGCAUGAAGGAGGUGGGGAAGGUCUUCCUGGCCACUAAUAGUGACUACAGCUACACUGACGCCAUCAUGUCCUACCUGUUUGACUUCAGCAAAGAGGACAAGGCUGACGUCCCACAGCGGCCCUGGAGGUCCUAUUUCGACCUGAUUGUGGUGGACACCCGCAAGCCCCUCUUCUUUGCUGAGGGCACUGUCCUGCGCCAAGUCGACACGGACACGGGGAAGCUGCGCAUUGGGACAUACACUGGCCCUCUCCAGCACUGUGCUGUCUACUCCGGUGGCUCCUCAGAUGUGGUGUGUGACCUCCUGGGUGUGAAGGGCAAAGACAUCCUCUACAUGGGGGACCACAUCUUUGGGGACAUCCUCAAAUCCAAGAAGCGGCAGGGCUGGCGCACCUUUCUGGUGGUUCCUGAGCUGGCCCGUGAGCUGCAGGUCUGGACGGAGAAGAGCGAGCUGUUUGAGGAGCUGCGGAGCCUGGAUGUCUUCCUGGCCGAUCUAUACCAGCACUUGGACAGUGGCAGUAAUGAGCGCCCAGACAUCAGCUCCAUCAAGCGUCAGAUCCAGAAAGUCACACAUGAGAUGGACAUGUGCUAUGGGAAGAUGGGCAGCCUCUUCCGCUGUGGCUCACGUCAGACACUCUUUGCCAACCAGCUGAUGCGCUAUGCAGACCUCUACGCUGCCUCCUUCAUCAACUUCCUCUAUUAUCCCUUCAGCUACCUCUUCCGGGCACCCCCUGUCCUGAUGGCCCAUGAGUCAACGGUGGAGCACUCUCGCCUGGACUCAGGGGAUGCAGUCACUGCGCUUCCUCCAUGGCUGGCCCAGCAUGGAGAUCCUGGCCAGCAGGUCCCCCAGGACUCAAGUGGGGAGGAGGAAAAUGAUGGAGAAGCCUGAGUAUAUCCCAACUGCUGCCAUGCCAGGUGCCAGACCCACAGGAGGGCAUUCUGUGGCCCUGGACUACUUGCACUGCCACAUUGAAGCCACUCAUGGCCAGCUACCAUCUCUGGUGGCCACAGGAUGGCUGGUGACUGACCAUAGCCCCUGACUCAUGGUCCCUGUCACACCUGUCCCUGGGUUGUUGGGACCUUCUCCUGACUGUGCCGAGACAGGAGAGGGCCCCCCCAACCCUGCUAACUCCUGCCCCUUUAACCUCUCCUCACCUCUCCCACCAGCUCAAUGCCAGCCUGGGACCAUCCAACACCAGGGUGGAAAAGGCACUGCCACUGCUGCAGUAUCACUGGAAGCCCCACUGCAGCAGUUGGGGUCCCAGCAGCUCCUGCCCCUUUAGCCUCUGGGCCUGGCCAUGAGCACUGCAGUGCUGGGUGGAGGGGAUGGGGCUCUGGAGGUGACAGCUGCUCCAAUGGAACCCCUUUCACCCGCUGCUCCCCUCUUCUUUUUUUCUCCCCUUUUCUAUUUAUAAAAUAUACUCAAAACUCCUGGCACCGCAGAGACAUAAAAUUGGCUGCUUUAAAGGAAAACUGCUUUGUCCCUGCACCUGAGAGGUGGAGGCAAAGGGCAUUCUCCGAGUCCUUGUCCAGCAGCUGGGACAAGCGCAAGCCCCUGGGGAGAAGGUGGCAGCUACGAGCUAGCUAUCCUCACCUCUGCAGAGGAGGCCAGGCCAACAGCGCUCCACAGAGUGGAGGCAGCCCCAUGCCAGAACUCCAGCACACUGCUCUGAGACUUGUGCCAGCAUCUGUGACUCAAUAGAGAUGCUGAGCCAAGGCUGGGGUUGGGGCAUUGUGAGGGAGAAGGGAGGUAAAAGAGUGUGAUGGGGCCAGGACCACUGUUUGCUGGGGCUGGGUGGAUGACAGUAGGGUACCGCCACCUUCUGCAGCUGCUGUAUGGUCACUGUUCACAGCAGAGAGCACCUGCCACUCCCUUUACCAGCCUCUUGCCUGGUACCUUGUGCUGCUGCCUGCUCCAAGUGCAGGGAAAGCAGCAGAGGAGGCCUGAGUGCACUUAUAGGGUUUAUCUGUCUCCAGACCCCAGCCGUGUCCUGGAGUUGGGGGCCUGGCCUGCUGCACCCCAAAGGUCCUCUGCAACUCCUGGUGUUGCUGUCAGUCUCAGGCCCUGCACAAAAGCUGCUGGGGCACUGCAGGUCCCCCAGCCCCUCAGGCAGAGCCACUGCUACUACCUGUGUCUCCAGACACCCGGUCUGCAUAUAUGCAUCUCAGUAGCGGACAUACAGAUGCUGUCCAGGUAGGGCAGGAGGCAGUUCCAGACCAAAUCUCUCAGCACAUUGCUUCCGAACACUGGGAGGUGCCUGGAACAUUGCAGUCCAACUGACACCAUUCUACAGCAGGAAAACCAGAGUGUAUGUCAUGUGGUGGAGGAGUUGAGGGCAGUCCUGGGGAACACGAUCCCAGGGAGCCACAGCUGGCAUCUCCACACCACUCACUAGCCCACACACAUCUCUACCACAAGUUUUAAUAUAUUUAAACCAGCAUUUAGAUAUUUGAUACAGGCUUAUUCUGUGCCAUCCCCUCCCCU